UGCAAACAGAAUUUAUUAGUUAGACACUUUUUAAAACGUGUAAUUAAUAGCCACAAUGACACAGAAUAAAAAAAUAACGUUCGUGGUUUCUUGAACCUCAGAGCUUUGUAUCAAAUUAAGCCAAAACGUACUUUAACUGCAGUCUGUAACAAUCUGUCGUAAGAAAUCAACUGUUCCUUUUUUCGCCUUAUUUUUACUUACUUACUUAGUCUUACGUUAAUGUUAAAUUAUUGUUUAGAUACUGUAAACUGUAGUAUAGGCUAGGGGCUUGUUUGAUUUUACACUACCAGAAAGAACAACGUUCACAAAUUUGGAAGCUCAAGGUUAGGACAGGAGUAUUUAUUGAAUCCAGCAUGACAACUUUACCGUUGGCACAGUUGCAUCAUGUUUUUGGCUUUUAUUGUAAGGUGCAAAAUGGUGUUGGAUUUUAUGAUGAGCAGACAGUCAUAUAUGUGGUAGGGAAAGUUAUCAUAUUUCAUAAUGCUGAUUAUCAUGUUCAAAAAUUUAUAGUUUGCAAUGAAUUGAACGAUAUUACUACAUUGAAAAUAAGCUCUAAUCGGAAACAUUUAGCUGUUGGAGACAAAGGAGGUGAUAAACCAAGUGUACUGAUAUUUGAUUUGGAGACUUUACGGAAGAAAAAAAUACUUACUUCUGGUGAUAUGCAGUCAAAUAUCUUUGUGAGUGUUGCUUUUUCUCCCGAUUCAAAGUAUGUGAUAGGGCAAGGAGGUAUGCCAGAAUGGACACUUAGUAUGUGGCACUGGGAAAAGAAUCGACUCAUAACUACUCUCAAGCCUAUAAAUCUUUCUCCUCAUGCUGAAAUUCAUCAGGUUUCAUUUCAUCCUCAAGACUCAAGUCAAAUCUGUAUUGUUGGGAAAGGGGUUUUCCGUCUUUAUCGCUUUACAGAAGGUGCUUUCAAACAGUUUGCUUACCAGAAAUAUGAACAUCAAAAUGUGUUUUUGUGCCAUAGUUGGAUUCAUAAUGACAAAAUUGCUGUGGGGACACAAGAUGGCCGUGUUGUGAUUUUUGAAGCUGGGGAAUUAAAGGGUGAGAUUUUUGUCAACGAUACUGAUGGAAGUGAUAUACAAAGUGAAACCUCCAGUUCACAUGUUAGUCUGAGGAGUAAUACAAGCAAAACCUCCUCCACCACCCAGCCUGUGUCAUGUAUUGUAACAACAUCUAAAGGGCUGACUUGUACGUUUGGAGCUGAGAAAGUUGUCAUGUAUGAAAGAAUAGAAAAUACAGAUGUUGGAUAUAGGCACGUAAGAAACGUGAAGUUACCCACUGGGGAGGAGAUCAUAGAUGAAAAGUGUAAGAAAACCAGGAUACUAUGUCUUUGUAUGAGUCCAGCAGAAGAAACCCUUGUAGCCUCAACUGAUACCAAUCAGUUGUAUAGUUAUUCACUGUCAGCUGCCGAAAUACAGAAGACUCGGCAACCAAGCUUUGACUUUUUAUCUCAUUCUAACCACUUCGGUUCCAUUUUGGGAUUAGAUAUUUGUGUACGAAAACCUCUGAUAGCUACUUGCUCUACUGACAAAUCUAUUCACAUAUGGAAUUUUGAAAAAAGAUGUCUUGAUGUUCAUAAAACAUUCCAGGAAGAAGUGUACUGUGUGGCUCUACAUCCAUCCGGGCUUUUUCUCGUGGCAGGCUUCAAGGACAAACUGCGUGUACUUACAGUUCUAAUUGAUGAUUUGAGAGUCGAAAAAGAGUUCCCAAUUAGGAGUUGUAAGGAAUGUUCCUUUAGCAAUGGAGGCCACAUAUUUGCUGCUGUUCAUGGAAAUGUGAUUCAGUUGUUUUCAAGCAUCACGUACGAAAACUUUGCAAAUUUCAAAGGUCACAAUGGAUCAAUAAGAGCUUUGGUGUGGAGUUGGGAUGAUUACCGACUAGUUUCUUGUGGGAUGGAUGGAGCUGUGUACGAGUGGGAUAUUUUUUCAGGCACUAGAUCUGGUGAAAGUGUUCUGAAGACUUGCAGUUACACUGAUGUUAGCAUUAGCUCAGAUGGUAAAACAACAUUUGCUGUUGGUACUGACAAGACAAUCAAAGAGAUUUCAGAUUCACAGAUUAUACGAAAAGCAGAAAUGGGAAAUGUUGUCUUGACAACUGUUGCUUUGAGUCAUUCAGGUCGUAUGUUAUUUGGUGGAACAAACAAUGGUUUACUUCGUACAUUUCGUUUUCCACUAACAGUACCAGCUGACUGGCAGGAUUACACAGCUCACAGACAUCAGAUAACUCGAAUGAAAGUGACUUAUAAUGACCAGUAUGUGGUGACAUCAGGAGAAGAUAGUCUUCUCUGUGUGUGGAAACUUACUGAUAAAGAAGGACGAACCAUGAAACGAGAUAAGGAAACAGCCUACAGUCAAGAAAUUCUGGUUACUAGGGCUGAUCUUGAAGAAAAG